AUGAUAUCCCGGCUAUCAGGUUUGCGACGUCUUCGAGAUUUCGAGACUGCGCCGAUGCUGGGAACUGUCGAGCCAGGUGUGCCAGUCAGCCUAUAUCCCAAUCCGGGGUUCCAGGGCUCAUCCUCUCUGAAUUCUGUACUGGAUAAUUUGCGAGAGCAAACCACAUUGUUUAGGGAGCCGGAGCCUAGCUUAUCAGUUUGCCGGGAUGCCGAAGGCUCGAACGCUUUUGCGGACCACUCGAUGAAUAGCACAUCCACAAUUGAGGGAGCGCAGCUGUUAGAAUUACUUCUCAACUCCGCCAUUGACAACACCCUCAGGCAAAUUUUCUCGGAGUGGACAGGAAAUGGGCUGGAGUCGCAUGUCGGCGCAUUCCUUGUCCAGCCAUUUGUUGACUCAAUCACGGAAGAGAUUGCACGCCUACGGCGUUCUGAAAACCGGCAAUCCGACCUCCUUACUUUGUCGCGUCAUUUAUUUGAGAAUAGCAGCCGAGACGUGAAUAUCCAUCGUUCGAUGACAUUGCAGGAGUUUGUCGGUCGGUAUACGGGUUCGAAUUUACGCUGGGAGACAGUGGGAGUAGUCCUGACGCUUGCUGGAAUUGCUGCUACAGAGUUACGCGCACCGCACGCUCUGUACAACACCGAGCAGGACCGACAAACGCUGCGGAUGAAUUUUGUUCAUUUCGGAAACAAAUGUGCAGUCUUUUGCGAGUCAUUGGAUGUACUCAACGACGUUCAUAUAAUCUUUCUAUACCAAACAUUUCAAUUUCAGUCGGUUUUCUACGGAGAUCAAAGCCUCAAGACAUGGCGUCGAUUGAAUGAUGCAGCAGGGGCUCUGCUUGCCGCUGGACUCCACGAAAAUGCCCAACAGGGAUACAAUGCUGCUUUCUUCCUGUGUGAAGUGCGCAAGCGCAUUUUCUCUCGCUUAUACGGAAUUGACGUUAGCCUAGCAACAUUUCUCGGGCGACCGCCUCGAAUGAGUAAAAGAUUCUGUUGCAUCAACUUUCCCCUUGACAUUGAUGAAAACAUGUAUUCCAUCACAGGCGAUGAUCUCAAUAGAGAACUGGGAAAGCUGGACCAAGAUGGUUGGAACACGCAGGGCCAUAUUCGGAUGGGUGCAGUCUUGCGAUGGUCCACAACCACUGCGAUGAUCCGGGAAGAUACCCUCGAAUUACUCCUUGGCCAGAAUGUAUCCGACGUACAACAGCGGAUAUUUGAAUUGCGCCGCGACAUCAGUGAUGCAUGGGCCAAGCUUCCUCGCUUCCUCAUAGUAUCGUCGCAUGAACUUUGGCACAGGCCAAGAUCCCGGCGUGAAGCCGAGUGCCUGCAUCAGAUUCGGCUGUUUUAUCUUCAAUCGGUCUUUUUGAUUGAAUGGGCAGCUUGGCGGCACGGUAUCGAACAGUCAGCCCUAUUUGAGUCUGCGAGCGAACUCCUGUCCUGGGUCAACGAGGCCUUGGUUGCCUCGUGCGCUCUACCUGCAGCAGGUGCUCUUGCUCUUUAUCUUUUGCAACCAUCAUCUCGGUUCCGAUUGAAGCACAUAGAUGCCCCUCUUCGGCGGCAAACAAUCGAAAGCCUCUCUGUGUUAACCGCGCACAUGGAUAUAUUGCAUAGUCCGAACGACGGAAAUUUUAAAUUAUUUGCUCAGGCCAAACGUUCUCUGCAAUCGGUUGUCGACUUGCUCCUACAACCUCUGGAUGCACCAGAAAUCAAUACACCGUCUACCGACGCAGCGGCGGACCUGUCUGCAAUUGAUUGGAUGGCCUCCGAUUAUUGUGGCUUUAACGGUGGUUUU